AGAAGGGGGCGAGCGGCCGCUGAAGUAGUACUGGGACGUGACAUGUGUCUCCGUUGUAGCCCGGACCGCGCCGUAGCAGCUCAAAGUGGCCCUCCCUGAGCAAAAGCCGAAAUGAGUGACAUGGACUCAUACAAGGUUCUUCUGGAUGGGCCAGCACCAUGGGGGUUCAGACUGCAGGGUGGCAAGGACUUCAAUAUGCCACUCUCCAUUUCCAGGCUCACCCCUGGGGGCAAGGCAGCCCAGGCAGGGGUUGGAGUCGGGGACUGGGUGUUGAGCAUUGAUGGAGAGAACACCAGCACAAUGACCCAUAUUGAAGCCCAGAACAAGAUCCGUGCCUGUGGGGACAAACUCUCCCUCAGCCUAAGCAGAGUUCAGAACCUCCUAGGCAAACCUCAGAAGGAUGCACUCCCUUCUUCUCAGCCCCCCAAAUACAACUUCACUCCCAGUUCUGCCCUCAACAAGACAGCCCGGCCCUUUGGAGUUAACCCUGCUUCAAGCACUCAACCUGGGCUGGUGACGAAACCUGUGCGGUAUGUUCCCCCUGCAUCCGUCUGCACCACACAGCACAAUGGCCAGGUCUCCAUACCGGAUCUGCCUUCUGCACCACCCUUGAAAGUGGAGCCUGGAUAUGGCUCUGCUGCUCCAAAGCCUGCACCUCUCACGAGCCCUUUCAGUCGUCCACCCUGGGCUGUGGAUCCUUCCUUCGCUGAACGAUAUGCACCAGACAAAACGAGCACUGUGCUGAGCACGCACAGUCAGCCGGCUACCCCAACGCCUGUGCAGAACCGCAACUCUAUUGUCCAGGCUGCACAGCAAGCCCCAGAGAGUGCCAACAAAACACCCAUCUGCUAUCAGUGCAGCAAGAUCAUCAGGGGGCGCUACCUGAUGGCUCUGGGACGCUACUACCACCCAGAAGAGUUCACCUGCUCGCAGUGCAGGAAGGUGCUUGAUGAGGGUGGCUUUUUUGAGGAAAAGGGCUCCAUCUUUUGCCCCAAGUGUUAUGACAUGCGCUAUGCCCCCAAUUGUGCCAAGUGCAAGAAGAAGAUUACAGGGGAGAUUAUGCAUGCUCUGAAGAUGACCUGGCACGUUCAGUGCUUUGUCUGUGCUGCCUGCAGAACACCCAUCCGCAAUCGUGCCUUCUACAUAGAAGAGGGGCAGCCCUACUGUGAGAGAGAUUAUGACAAGAUGUUUGGAACCAAGUGUCGUGGCUGUGAUUUCAAAAUAGAUGCUGGUGAUCGGUUCCUAGAGGCCCUGGGCUUCAGCUGGCACGACACUUGCUUCGUUUGUGCGAUCUGCCAGAUCAAUUUGGAAGGAAAGACAUUCUAUUCCAAAAAGGACAAGCCGCUGUGCAAGAGCCAUGCUUUCUCCCAUGUGUGAGGCGGAGGAGGAGACGUUAACUGCCAAGCUGCUGCCUGCCCAAACUCUGCCUCCAUCUUUCCUGUCCUGAGAGAGCCCUCAGACCAGAUGCCUCACUUGACCAUUAUUCCCCAUAGAGGGAGGGGUAAAACACUCAGGGUCCUUUUAGUACUUUGGGAGGUUUACGCCAUUGUAUUUUUACCUAAACUGGUGUUCUUCAGAUGCGUUAGACUUUAUCUCUUGCAGACUCCAGCCAACUCAUGGUGAAAACUGCUGGACAUUUGGGGAGCUGAAGUCCAGAACUUCCAGGGGACACCAGCCUAGGGAAGGAUACUGUAGAGUUUUGUGCCCAUUUCAGCCAAAGAAAGAAAGCCUCAAGAAUGUUUCUCCCUAGCAAAGGAUCCCAAAUGAUAGCGCACUUGAAAGGAAGCAUCAGCUGGCCUUCCCUAGAAGUCAUUAACUCAGAUGUAUGUGAAAACUUGCUAUUAAUGCCCCAGGGAAAGUGGCGGCGGGGGGAACAGCUUUCCCCAGAUUUCACUAUCGUUAUUUUCUAUCCCCUUUGCAGUGUAAUUACCAACAAUCCUCUGUCCUCCCUUCUCUGAGAAAGCAUUUGCAGAGGAUUCCUAUAAUCAGGCUGGCUCUGCCUUUGGUCCAUUAGCACACAUUUCCACUUCCAGGUAGAAACCCAUUCCCAGCUAUGUUGCUCAGUGAAAUUGCUUUUUUCAAAAAAAACAAAAACAGAAAACACCCAAACCCUAAACCUCUUUUCCUCCAAGCCACCUUGCUAGUAACAAAAAUAUUAGACCCCUACCACAGGAAGUGAGUGGCUUAUCUAAAGGAAUGAGCUGUAAGUUACCACAGACCAAGAAAAAGCUUACUUUUAAGUGCCAUGGAGGAGAGAAGAGUUUCAAGAUCCAGCUUCUUCACACUAGCAAAAACUGCUUUUCCAUCAUGAGAUGAACAUGAGACUCACUACCUAGGGACACAACUUUAUAUAUGCUUGUAGCACACAGCUUCUGAGGUCAGUGGUGGCCCCAAAGCACCCCUACCAAAGACCUGGUAUUUGUGUUUUGCUCUAAAUGUAUUUCUCAGAACCAUGCUGUUCAGCUGGGAGUCUGUGAUUCUUUGCCACCUUCGAUGCUAAUAAAAUAUGUCUUAAUUCUUCUUCA